AUGUCCGCUCAGCGCCUGUUCAAAACCGAGCUGAACGAGCUCCAAGACACCAUGGAACACAUGUGUUUUGAAGCGUUCUUCGACAAAGUGCGUUACCUACGACAGCGAAUGAUGGAUGCCCAAGGCUCUAUCACCAAAGUGAACGCCUUUGUCCUCGACGUCGAAAACUGGAUCUUUAUGCAGAACGUCAUUGAGGAGUUCCAGCGCACACAGACAUCUGGCAUAUCGUACAUCGACACCGAGUAUCGAUCCCUGUACCACUCGGUUACCAAGCGGGAGCUCCACCACCCAACUACCGACGGCUAUGGGAGCAGCAUCCCAACUCUCUCCUCCUCGCGCCAACUGCGGCAACCAACUAGCGACCGUGGCAUGAUGACAUCGACAUCUGCUUACCAAGACCAACUGUCCAGAGCGUCCCCUGUCAACUCAGCUAGUAUCAACACCACCGCACAGUUCCAAGAACGUUCCGGUGCCCAUCACCCUCGCGGCCGGCUCAACGAUCAUCUCUCAGCCUGCCAUCCAAUCGCACGACAGCAAUCCACACCUCGAGCUUUGUUCCGCCGGCUAGUCAAGCCCAACACGCCCCCAACACAUCCAGACUCAACGGCGGUGGUUGGCGCGUCUACAUCAAGCAGCAACGGAUUGGUGUACACAGACAUGGUGUUGGCCUCUUCUCCCGACCCCAUGCACGCCCGUGAAGUCGACUACAUCGUUGCCGAACGAACGGUCAAGAAAACUCGAUCAAGCCUCACUCUGCAGUACCAAGUUCACUUUGGCCGACCUACACUCGCAGGCUGCAAGACUUCUUGGGUGGACGUCGCGUUACUUUCAAGAUGUCCCGAAGCAGUGGGUCUUUACAAACGGUGGCAACAGUACUGCAGACGGUGCAACUGCAAAAUUUCCUUCGCUAAGUACCGCGUACGAGAUGUAUUGCACCUCGAACUUGGCGAGAGUCCUUCGAAGGGAUGCCUUACUGCUGCAUUCACUCUUGCCGCAACGUCCCUAGGCCUGGCGAUAACAGUUUCUGGGGACGCCCUCCGGGAGUUUAUUUCCCAAGAAAACCUGCCGCCAAACAGCGGCCUGAAGAUAGACCACGGAGUCUUUUUCCGCGAUCUGCUUGGAAAGCGAGUGGGGUGUGCCCAUCAUGACCUCUACAAAGCCCUGAAGAACGAAGGUGACGUCAUAAGCGUUGCUGGUGUGGCGGAACUUAUGGAUGAGUCUGGGACCUACGGGGUUGGCGAGCUGCCUCCAGUAACCUUUCUACGGGCCUUGCGGCGCAUCGUCCUUGCGAAUAAACGAAAGCGGAAAAGAUAUUAA